ACGUCCGGUCAAAACCCUAGAAAUCAGAAAAAGACACUCUCAAACAGAGAAGACCAGGCAAAAGGAAGGAGAUUUUCCCCAAAUCUCAAACAACAUUCUUCAUCUCUUCCUCUAAUUAUCUGUCUAAACAAUCCAAUUCAAGGAAAUUGGUUCAUCGACCAUAAUGGCUGGUCAGAAGAACAGCUAUGGAAAGCGGUCUCAUUCUCAGUCUGACUAUGAUAAUGGGUCAAAUAAAAGAAGAAAUUCUGGUGAUGAUAGAGACCAUUUUGCCAUUGAUUCACAAGAUACUGUAUAUCGCUACUUGUGUCCUGUUAAGAAGAUUGGAAGUAUCAUUGGAAGGGGAGGUGACAUUGUUAAGCAGUUAAGGAUAGAUACAAAGUCAAAGAUUAGGAUUGGUGAGACAGUUCCUGGUUGUGAAGACCGUGUUGUUACCAUCUAUAGUGCCAGUGAUGAGACUAAUGCCUAUGAAGAUAGUGGUAAUUAUAUUUGUCCUGCUCAGGAUGCUCUGUUCAGAGUGCAUGAUAAAGUUAUUGCAGAAGACUUGCAUGAUGAUGACUCUGAAGGAGGUCAUCAAGUCACUGCUAGGCUUCUUGUACCAUCUGAUCAGAUAGGUUGUAUUAUUGGGAAAGGUGGGCAAAUAGUUCAGAACAUUCGGAGUGAGACAGGUGCACAGAUUCGCAUUCUCAAGGAUGAACAUCUGCCUUCUUGUGCGUUGAGCACGGAUGAGCUUGUACAGAUUUCUGGUGAACCUACAAUUGUCAAAAAGGCUUUAUAUCAGAUCGCCUCUCGCCUUCAUGAGAAUCCAGCACGUUCUCAGCACUUGCUUUUAUCUGCUGUCCCCAAUGUGUACUCUGCUACAGGUUCAUUAAUAGGUCCCACUGGAGGUGCACCAAUUGUUGGAAUAGCUCCUCUUGUGAGUCCUUAUGGAGGAUACAAAGGUGAUGCUGGAGAUUGGUCACGGUCCUUGUACUCAGCUCCAAGAGAUGAACUUUCUUCAAAAGAAUUUGCUCUCCGUUUGGUUUGUCCAACUGGGAAUAUUGGUGGUGUAAUUGGAAAAGGUGGUGCCAUCAUCAAUCAGAUCAGACAGGAAUCUGGAGCACUUAUCAAAGUUGAUAGUUCAACAGCUGAAGGAGAUGAUUGCCUGAUAACUAUUUCAGCCAAGGAGCUUUUUGAUGACCAAUAUUCUCCAACUAUAGAAGCAGCUCUGCGUUUGCAACCCAGAUGCAGUGAGAAAAUUGAAAGAGAUUCAGGUCUUAUUUCAUUCACUACUCGCUUACUGGUGCCGACCUCACGGAUCGGUUGUCUCCUUGGUAAAGGUGGAGCAAUUAUAAACGAGAUGAGGAAAGCGACCAAAGCUAAUAUUCGCAUACUCGGAAAGGACAACCUUCCCAAGGUGGCAUCUGAAGAUGAUGAAAUGGUGCAGAUCUCUGGAGAUCUUGAUGUUGCUAAAGAUGCUCUCAUACAUGUCAGUCGACGGUUAAGAGCAAAUGUUUUUGAUAGGGAAGGUGCUGUAUCUGCAUUUCUGCCAGUUCUGCCUUACCUUCCUGUCUCAGCCGAUAGUUCGGAUGGCUUAAAUUAUGAUAACAGAGAUAGUAAAAGACAUGGACGUGGGCAUUCUUAUUCUGGUGGCUAUGGCUCUAGUGACUAUGCUGCUGGUGACAGUUAUGGUACUUAUGCUAGUUCACAGAUUGGUGGUAGUGGAGGUGCUUAUGGAGCUUACGGUAGCUAUUCGUCCGGACGUACCAGUACCUCUGGGUUAUCUGGCCAGACCCCUGGUUCUCGACGCAAAAACUAUUACUAGAAUUUGAUGAUGGCAAUGUGCAGGAUUGAUAUUCUUCUCUUUCAUCAUCAAUAAAAGGUAGUAAAAUUGUCCUUGUUAUAAUUUUUAGCUGAGUAGCAUCUUUGUGGAGGAAAAUAUAAUUGGAAUAUUUGCAUUCAGACAGAUGAGUUUAAUUAAUUGUGAGAAAUCUUAUGUUUGUUUUGUUUUAAUUAACUUAAUUUCUCUGUGCAAGUUUACCAGAAACAUCAUAUCUUUGCAGCAUGCACUUUGCUGGUAAUAUUAUUCAAGCUGUAACAAUUAGAUAAGAUUUUGUGUGUGUGUCUGUGUGUGUGUGUGUGUGUGUGUGUGUGUAGUUUGUAGAUUGGAUUUGUAAGUUGUAGAUUAUAGAGGUAUGUGGUGAAGGAAGACAGUAGAAUGCACCUACUUUUAUUUUCUACUUCGAAGAUAUGGAGGCAUGCAUUGAAGAAAUUAAAAUGGGUGCAUUUGACCAUGUCCUCCAUAAAUUAGCAGUCUUGUUUACGCCCCAUUAUUGCUCUAUUAAUGGCCCCAUUUGUUUAUAA